CACAAAAUCAAACGAUAAGAGAUUUGUUACUAAAGGAAAAAGUCGAGCGAAAAAUAAGAGAAGAAAACCAGCAGUUUUGUUCCCAAACUCUAGCCGGGUAACUACUAUGGGUCGACCAGAUGGCCAAACGAAUCAAGCACAACCUCCGGCUAGCCCUAACAACAAGGUACAUUCCCAUAACGGUGCAACUGGUAAGCAGGCAAACAUACCAACGGGCAUACCGGUCAAUUACCAACAAACACAAAAUCGCUGGAGUUCUGAACUUUUCGAUUGCAUGAACGACAGUGAAAAUGCCAUGAUCACAUUGGUAGCUCCAUGCGUCACGUUCGGACAGAUUGCGGAGAUCGUUGACGAAGGCGCGACGCCUUGUGCGACGGCUGGGGUGUUGUACGGAGUGAUACUUUUUUCCGGGGCAUGUUUCGUGUAUUCAUACCUGUUCCGGGCCAAGAUGCGAAACAAAUACGGGUUACCGGAUGCUCCAGCUCCCGAUUGGAUCACUCACUUAGUCUGUAUGCAGUGUGCUCUUUGUCAAGAGUAUCGUGAGCUCAAGCACCAUGGAUUUAACCCCAUUCUUGGGUGGGCUGGGAAUGUACAACAAGCACAGCAGCAAGAGAUGAUGACCCCUCCAACAAGUCAACGGAUGAUGGGUUGACUAAUAACCUUUUGUUAUUUUGUUGUUUUUCUCUUUUAUAUAUUUUUCAUGCCCGAAGAUAAUAAAUGUAAGCAAGUAAUUUCAUGUUCGUGGAUUAACAAAACAUGAGUGUGAAUUUCACUUAAUUUCUUCCUGUUUCCGAUAUAUGAAUAAAUUUCACAAGCUCUU